CCACCUUCGACUAACCCCUAUAAUGCCCGAGAAAUUUCUUUUCACCUCCGAGUCCGUUGGCGAAGGCCACCCAGACAAGAUCUGUGACCAGGUCUCCGACGCCAUCUUGGACGCCUGUUUGGCCGAGGACCCUUUGUCUAAGGUCGCCUGUGAGACCGCUGCCAAGACCGGUUUGAUCAUGGUGUUUGGUGAGAUCACCACCAAGGCCAACUUGGACUACCAAAAAAUCAUUAGAGACACCAUCAAGCACAUUGGCUACGACCACUCCGACAAGGGUUUCGACUACAAGACCUGUAACGUGCUUGUCGCCAUUGAGCAGCAAUCGCCAGACAUUGCCCAAGGUUUGCACUACGAGAAGGCUUUGGAGGAGUUGGGUGCCGGUGACCAGGGUAUCAUGUUCGGUUACGCCACCGACGAGACUGAGGAGAAGUUGCCCUUGACCAUCUUGUUGUCGCACAAGUUGAACAAGGCCUUGGCCGACGCCAGAAGAUCCGGCGAGUUGGCCUGGUUGAGACCAGACACCAAGACCCAGGUCACCGUCGAGUACGAGAAGGAGGGCGGUGCCGUCAAGCCUUUGAGAGUCGACACCGUUGUCAUCUCCACCCAGCACGCCGACGACAUCUCGACCGAGGACUUGAGAGAGAAGAUCUUGGAGCAAAUCAUCAAGAAGACCAUCCCCGCCCACUUGUUGGACGACAAGACCAUCUACCACAUCCAGCCAUCCGGCAGAUUCGUCAUCGGUGGUCCUCAGGGUGACGCUGGUUUGACCGGAAGAAAGAUCAUUGUGGACACCUACGGUGGUUGGGGUGCCCACGGUGGUGGUGCUUUCUCUGGAAAGGACUUCUCUAAGGUCGACAGAUCUGCGGCCUACGCCGCCAGAUGGGUUGCCAAGUCUCUUGUCAACGCCGGCUUGGCCAGAAGAGCGUUGGUGCAAUUCUCCUACGCCAUCGGUGUUGCCGAGCCUUUGUCCAUCCACGUCGACACCUACGGUACCUCCAAGUACACCUCCGAGCAAUUGGUGGAAAUCAUCAGAAACAACUUUGACUUGAGACCAGGUGUCAUUGUCAAGGAGUUGAACUUGGCCAGACCAAUUUACUUCAACACUGCUUCCUACGGCCACUUCACCAACCAGGAGAACUCUUGGGAAAAGCCAAAGGAGUUGAAGUUCUAGGUUUUGCACUGUGCCAACAUCAGAAUACUUAACAAAUUAAUGUGAUGACUCACGACCAUGUCGACGCUCAACUCGUCGACACCCAAGUUUAUUUCGUUGCUUUUCAUGUCAUUUUCCAAUGUCAUUCAUUUUUUAUAUUUUUCAUUUGCUAUUCAAAAAAGGGAUAGAGUUUGCAUUAAUUGGGGUCCUCAACGGACAAUUAAGUUAAUAGAAGGAAU